AUGUAUCCUAAUCCAUUUGGCGCUGAAAUUGGUUCCUCUUCGGGUUGGUUCGCUUCCGAAAGCUUUAGACAGCGUGGUAAAGAAAAUUCUUUAAAAGAUUUGGAAACGAAAAUUAAGGAAUUUGAGCAAAGUAACGAAGAGUUGCGUUCACGAUUCAAAUAUUUAGAAGAAAAAUUUAGAGAGCGAGAUGCAGAAACCAAAGCCCAUAUCAAUAAUUUAGAUGAAAAGAUUAGAGAACGUGAAGAAAAGCAAGAAAUUAUUAAUGAAUUAGAAAAGAGAAUCAGCUGUACAGAACAAGAGGACGUCCAAAUGAAGGCUCAACGAAUUCAAUUAACAAGACUUCAAUUGAUAAUACCAUCACACAGAAGGUACACCAGUCCAUUUUUGAAACUUAAAAUUUACGCUCAACGUCUUUGGUGGAUUGAUAUGAUUUUACUAGAUUUCCUUUGUUUCGGUUUUUUGGAGAUUUUAAACUUACGCUCAAGUCCACCUCGUAUUAGUCACAGGCAUUUACGGUCUACAGACGGUCAUUUGUUGAUCACAAAUAUUUUUUAUGGCAAAGAGGAUCUGUAG